AUUCAAUUCACCUGCCUUUUAUCUGAAAACUUUAAGAUAUAUGGAUUCCUGUUAUCAAGGUUUUGAAUGCUUGUCUUACCUUCACCCUAAUAUUGUCAUUUGGUAUCCGACGAGCUAACGUACACGGAGUUUUCAUAUAUAGAAAUGAACAACUUGACAGAUCUCUACGGAAGUCAGGAUGAGAAAAGUCACAUAUGGGGAUCAAGCUUUCUGAACCUGGACAAUGGUAACAGCUGGCAGACUGUUGGAACUCAGUAUCCCGAUCCCGACUCAGAAGACGAGGGUGAAGUUGAGGACGAGGAAUGGGAAAGGAAACACCUCCGAUAUGGCUGGGGGAAAUUUACACCAGACUGCCUCCAGGUCUUCAACUCCAUCCGGUGGUACGUAUUCUUCACCUGUGUGUUCAGCUUGUUCCAGGGAUACCUCGUCAAUGGCGUCAUCAACGCCAUCAUUUCCACGCUGGAGAAGAGAUUCGAGCUUCCCAGCUCUAAGUCCGGUCUCAUCGUUAGUUCUAACGACUUCAUCGCCUUCUUCUUAGUGUUGUUCAUCAGUUUCUAUGGCGGAGAGAGACACAAGCCUCGGUUGAUCGGGCUCGGUAUCAUCACGCUCGGAAUCGGCUCCUUCAUAUUUUCAUUACCCCACUUCUUCACAGGAUUAUACAGCGUGUCAGGAGAUGCUGAUGAUUUCGAGAACGUUUGUUACGCGAACGCCACAAGUACGCCGUGUUUAGAGACCAACACUGAAUCCAAUGUUCAGAACUACCUAUAUGUGUUCAUGCUGGCCAACGCCCUCCACGGCGCCGGAUCCACCCCCAUGUUUACUCUGGGCACAACCUACAUCGACAACAACACGAAAGCCAAGAACACUUCCUUUUACUUAGGACUCAUAUAUGCAGCGGCCUCUGUGGGCGUGGCGGCGGGAUACAUGCUUGGUGCUCAGACAUUGUCUAUUUACACAGAUUUUGAUAAAGUAAAUCCCGAAGAUCUAAACUUGACACCGAUUGACCCUCGCUGGGUUGGGGCGUGGUGGAUCAACUUCCUCAUCGUGGGUUCCGUAAUGAUGCUGAUAACUGUUCCUGUUCUUGGAUUUCCUAAACGACUUCCUGGAAGCAGGAAGCUUUUGGAAGAGCGGGAGGAAGAGGCGUACGUUUCGGCGAAGACCGAAGAUGAAGACCCUACACAGAGACCCGGAUGGAGGGAUUUCCCACGGAUGUUGGUGGCGCUGAUAAUGAACCCAACUUUCCUGUUCCUUGCCCAGGCAACUUGUACAGAGGGGAUGAUCGUCAGUGGAAUAGCUGCCUUUGGAGCCAAGUUUUUCCAGGAAAAAUUCAAUUUACCAGCUCCUUUUGCUGGACUUCUGAUGGGAAUUGUGACAGUUCCAGGCGCUGGAGGAGGAAUGCUGUUGGGAGGAUUGUUGGUAAAGAAGCUCAAAUUGAAAGUGAGGGGGAUCAUAAGAAUGGACCUUACUGUGGCUAUCAUUGCUUUAAUCUUUGGGUGUUUAUUCUUUAUCCAAUGCCCCAAAAUGCAAAUGGCUGGUGUAACCUCAGAAUAUAUUACCAAAGGAGAAUUUGGAGAUGUCGAGAGUAACUUAACAGGUUCCUGCAAUGCCGCGUGCCAUUGUUCAUCCAUUUUCUAUGAACCAGUGUGUGGUAUGGACGGACAGGUCUACUUUUCCCCUUGUCAUGCAGGAUGUAGACUUAAUUACAAGUGGAUGGACGGCCCUAUGGGUAAAUUUAAGGCUUAUAUGGACUGUACCUGUAUUCAAAACAGCUUUAUGUAUGCAGCGAUGAUGGAGAACAAGACGAGAGAAGCAGCAGAAACUACAACCAUUUCAGUGACGUCAUCUACCGUAAUAUCCAAUCAAACGAACGCUACAGCCAUGCCAAACGCCUUCCAGGGAAUCUGUCCCGGCGACUGCAAGCUGAUCUGGGUCGUUGUUCCGUUGCUAUUUAUAGGCAUGCUGAUGACGUUUACCACCGUCUCACCGACACAAACAGCGACUUUAAGAUGCGUGGCACCUAAACAGAAAACUCUUGCAAUCGGGGUGCAGUGGCUCUUUCUCAGACUCUUAGGAACAACUCCUGGUCCAUUAAUUCUUGGAUCUAUCAUCGAUAGCGCAUGCCAAGUGUGGCAGGAAGUGUGCGGAGAAACCGGAAGUUGUUGGGUGUACAAGAAGACAGACAUGGGCGUUAAAAUGUUUAUCUGGUGGUGUCUCACUAAGUUCCUGAGUGUUUUGUUUUAUUUCUGUGCUCAGUACUUUUACAAACCACCGGUGAAAUCUUUUUCCGACGACGAAGAUGAAAAACCGUCCAUUAAGCCUUACGAAUUUGUUGACGCUAAAGAAAGUGUUAUAUAAAUACCAUGUACAGAAUAUUACAGACUUUUUUAAUGGAGCAGCUAUCUAACAAAUUAAAAACUCAAUUGUAUUAUCAAAGACGAUUGAUGAAACCAUCGCAUUCUUUUUGUUAUAUCUUUAAUUCAAUGCCAAAAUUAUGAAUCGCCGUUGUCUUAGAGCAAGUACUCUAAAUUUAAUUACUGUUUAUGUUAUAAUAUAACAUUUUAUAUAUAAUAUUUGUUUAUUGUUCGGUUCAUUGUGUCUUUUAAACUUUAAUAUCAUUUUUGAAAUUGAAACUCGCAUAGUGUAUGUGCCAUUUUGGAAUAUAAGUCAUCAUUACG